AUGACCCAAGAACUCGUGAAGCUCAUUGUCGCGCACCAUUAUUAUCGCCUCAGCGAAGACACUCCUUUCCAAGCCGCACGACGACAACUUCGCUCCCUAACGGCGAUAUCGAGGACGUUUUUUGAAGCUACUUCGGAUCUACUAUGGGAAGAGGUCGACACACUUCUGCCAUUCCUAAAGCUGCUGCCUCAACUCGAAGCCACCGACAAUUUAUACAUCUUAAACAGGACGGUUGUUCUAGAGGACCUUGAUCGAUGGAACCUCUAUUCGCGUCGCACCAGGAAAAUCACGUUCGAUGCCUCAAUUGUGACCAAGCGAUUCUGCUCGCAAAUCUUCACUCUGCUGGCAACACUACAAACCUCUCACGGCUUCUUGCUCUUCCCUGCCUUGAAAAAGCUCAUCUUCAAAGGAGGGAUGGAUGACAAUGAUCUAGCAUGUCUAUUCAUGCUAGCAUCCAGCGAGCUGGAACACGUUCGGUUCAAAGGCGAGGAGGCCACUCUCCCGAUGGAGUACCUCCCCAUUUCCGUCAACCAUCUCUCGACAGUCUCACCUCGCCUCAAGACGUUAGUAAUCGAGGUUUCCUCCUCGAACCUUCACGAUUUCCCAUGGGACACUCUUAAAACGUUCCACCACCUCCAGACUCUGAACAUCACUGCGCCCUUCCACCUUCGCGGCCUCACUGCAAUCCCAAACUUCCGCGGCACCAGGCUUUACCUCUGCGUGUUUCCAAACUCUCAGCCUUCUCCCCGUAUCGUCGUCCACUACAAUGCACGAGAGCGUCCCAUUACAACCUUGAUGCUAGCGCCCUGGGAAGUCCUCCCAACGUACAUCGGACUUUGUGGUCCGCCCUUCAACACAGAGCACCUGCAUUUUGGUCCUAUGGAGUCACCAACCUCGCAUCGUACUGAAUGGAGUGGUGUUCUCAGUUCUAUCGCAGAGAAAGGAGACAACCUGGAUAUGAUUCAAAUUGGAAUCGAAGGAAUGCCAACUGAAUUCUUCAUUCCGGUCGAAGACGUGUCCUCGCUACUGGCCCUCCGAAAUCUACAACGUUUUUCUGUCCAGGGCUGUGGAAAUUCGUUCGCCACGCACGUCGAAGCCGACAACUACUUCCAAAGGAUGCUUCAAGUGUCGCAGAAGAAGGCCAAGCCCCUUAUUUCCCUAAUGAUAUCUUCGUGGUCGGGUGCCCCGUUGACCUUGAACUCACUGGUACACAUAUCUGUGGAUGGUCCGUCCCUGAGCAGAGUUGUACUGUCCAUCGACUCUUCUCUGGAUCACAUCCCUCCCCCGGCUUCCUCUUCGCUGUCGACAGCUCUUGAACAAGGGCCAGUGUCUUCCCUUCAAGCCCUCGUCAUCAUGGACACUCGGUCCCGAAAAUUUGCCCCUGACGAGUGCCGCGAAUUGGCUCGUCUUCUCGACAGACUCUUCCCCGAGCUCAGCCGUAUUGCCAUUCAAGAACCGCCACCUUCCGAUGUCGCCGAAAAUGUCAAAGAGGGAUGGAAGCUGGUUGAAGAGCUGAGGGAACAGUACCGACGCCUCCGAAGGUCCUCUCUUCCACCGCCGCAAUCACCGUAG